CAAGUUUAUACAAUCGCACAUCAAUUUCAUCUUUUGUUAAUUUUUCUUUCAUCAACACCAACCUGCCUCAACUCUCUCUCUCUCUCUCUCUCUCUCUCUCAUCAUCGCACAGCCGACGACAGUGCCAACACCCUAAGAUCUGAUGCGAUGGAGGCAGCCAACGGUACUAAGUCCAGGAGAGCAUCUCCACCUUCGACGACGACGCCAGCGGAGGUUUGUGGAUAUUCUGUCAUCACCGCGCAAGACAUCCAGACAGCCACAAACAAUUACGACUGCAAUAAUAGGCUCUACAGGGAAGUCAGUGCAAGUGUCACUUACAAAGGAACAUUAAAAAGCAGUCCAGGAAGAAUAGAGAUGCAAAACUCACCGGGCUCGGUGGGCUGUUUGAGCCAUGAGAUACAGACAGAACAGGGUGACGUCUAUCGGGACGACUUGGUAAGGAUCUUGGACAGUCCUUUGGAGGCGUGUGGUGAGGUUGAGGUGCUGAUGCAAGUUGAAAAUCUUGCCGAGAAGUGCUUAGCGUGCUCGUCAAUGGGGCCGACCAUGCUUAAGGCAGUGAAACGAUAUAAGAGUUCUAAUGGGGUUUGUGUA